AUGAAAGAGAUAAGUUUAGAUAAUGAGUUAGAGUUAUUUUAUGAAUAUAUUACAUCGUUUGAAUAUAUUAUUAGAAAUUUUAGUAACUAUAUAAAAAGGAAAAAAAGAAAUUAUAAAACUAUUAAAAGAAAGGAUAUAAUAAAUGAUGUUGUUAAUAAAUAUUUGAAUAAAAUAAUUCCUAUAAAACUAUUGCUUCAUAUGAAAUGUCCUAAGAAUAGGAGAUUCUAUGAAAAUUUGUUUAUUUGUUGUUAUUAUCAUGUAAUAAUAAAAUAUAUUAUAUAUGACCCUGUGUUUAAUUUACAGAGGAUUAUAGAAUAUUGUUGUGAAAAUAAAAUGAAAAGAGAACAAUUGGAAGAGAAUAAAAUGGAGAAGGAUAAUAAACAGAGUGAUAAGAAUAAAGGAGAGAACAAAAUGAAUUACAAUAAUAUAUUUAAUAGUGAUAAUAUAUUAAAUAAUGAUAAUACAUUUAAUAAUGAUAAUACAUUUAAUAAUGAUAAUAUAUUAAAUAAUGAUAAUAUUUUCAAUUGUAAUAUUAAUAAUUGUAAGAAAAAGACAAAGAAACAAGGGAAGAAAAAAACAAGUGCUGAUGAACCCAUUAAGGAUAAUUUAAUAGAAGGUUGUGAUGAUACACCAUUUGAUGAUUAUACAAAUUUUUUUAAUCCAACAAAAAAAGAUAAUAUAAGUUUUUUAUCUAAAGAGAAAAAGAUGAAUAUAAUUUAUGAUAUUAUUAAUAUAUGUAAAGAAAAUAAUAUAUUAUAUAAAAUAUUAAAUGAUGAUUAUAUUAUAUUAAAUGAAACAUAUGAAGAAAUAUGUCACGUCACAUAUUCAUUUGGUAUUAUGUGUUAUGUGUUUGGUUUUUAUAAAUUCUUUAAAAUUGAAAAUAUAAAAAUUAUAAAAAAUAAUAAUAUAUGUUCCUAUAAUUUAUUUCAAUGGGUAUACAACAUUAAAUAUACUAUUUGCAAAUAUUAUUCUUAUAUAUCUAAUGAUCUUAAGAAUAUAAAGAUGGUUGAUGAUAAUAUAAAUAAUAUAGAUGAUAAAAAAAGAAAAAGUUAUAUAUGGACAGAUUAUUAUAAUAAUAUAAAUCCUAAUAUAAAUAUUCUUGAUGACAAUGAAGAGUUUUUAAAUUAUAUAAUAUAUGAUUACAUAUGUAAUCUUAAAAUUAUAUGUAAUAAAUUAUUUAACCCUCAUAAUAAUUCUUUGUAUAUUAUAUUUAAUGAGUAUAUAGAAGAAUCUUUUAAAAAUUACAUGAUCAAAAAAAAUAAAGAAAUGCAAGAAAUCUUUUCUAUCUCAUCAUCGUUUGUAGAUAUAAAAGGAAAACAAAAAAUAGAUAAUAUGGAUUCAGUUCAUAUGUGUAAUAUAAAAAAAAAUGGGAUACAAAAAUGUUCAUAUAUAAAUGAUUAUUUAUUUUGUAAUAAUAAUAAGAGGGAAUAUAAUACUCAGAAUGAACAGUAUCUACAAAUAAUAGAUAAUUCUCGCGAGGGAUUUAUUGCCUUUAAAAAGAAGUAUAAAAAAAAUUUUAUUUUAAAAGAUAAUUUAGAUAUAAGUCUACACAGCUUAAAAUUAGUUAUUCAUUGUUUAAAUAAUAUUUAUGGUGACGAUGAAAAUGAUGUAUAUGGAAUGAAUGACAUAUAUAGAGAUGAUAAUACUUUAGAUGAUAAGAAGUUAGAUGAUGAAAAAAAUUUCAGUGGUGAAAAAAAUUUAAGUGAUAUAAUUUCCUAUGAUGAUACCAUUUCAAAAGAGAAAAGGAAAAUAAAAUAUGAGAAGAUAAAGAAGCACCUUGAUAAUUUAUAUAACAAAAUGAAAAACAUGAAAAGUUUUAAAGUAUAUAUUUGGAUGUAUUUGUAUGUAAAUUUUGUGUUUGAUUUUUUUUAUGUUAAUAUAAAAAAGAAUUAUCGUAAAAUAAAUAAUUAUUGUUUAUGUUUUGAUGAGUGUAUGCAUGAGAAUAAUCAUGUGGAAAAUAUUUUAGGUGGUAAUAAUAAUAAUAAUAAUACAAACAAUAAUAAUAAUAAUAAUAAUACAAAUAAUAAUAAUAAUAAUAGUAAUAAUAAUAAUAGUAAUAAUAAUAGUAACAACAACAAUAAUAAUAACAACGAUAAUAGUAACAGUAACAAUAAUAAUAUUAAGAAGAAAUAUAUCAUUGUAUUCAAUUUAUCAGGGCUUAUCGAUUUUAUCAAUAAAAAAAAUAACCUUGAAAAGAAAAAGAUAUCUGUGAUGCUUAAGAAUUAUAUAGACCAUGUAUUAUUUAAUGAGUGCAAAGAAUUGUUUAUGGAGGAAUUAAAUGUAGAUGAGAAGAAAAAUAAAAACGAUAUUGAUGGUGAUGAUUAUCAUAAGAUAAAAUUUUCACAUCCUCUAGAAGAGUGGGAGAAAACAAAUACAAAAAAUGGUAUAGAUGAAAAAUGUAAAAAGAAAAAAAAUAGUUUAUUAGAUGAAUCGAUAAAUAAUUCUGUUAUUAGAAAUAAUAAUAAUAUGACACAAGAUAGUACUUAUUUAUAUAAUAUAAAAAAUGAUGAAGAAGAGAAUAUUCAUUCGAAUGGAUUAUUAUCAUCAUGUAAACAAUAUGAAAUAGAGAAAUACUAUAAAGGAAAAAUAAGAAUAAGUAAUUUUGUAAAUGAUUAUAUUUGUAUGUUUAUAUCUUAUUUAAUUUUGAUAGAUAUGAAAUUAUCUUUGUUAUUAUUAGAAAAAUAUAAUUUAAAAAUACCAAAUAAAUAUUUAGAUUUAAGUUGUUAUAUAUAUAUAUGUCAGAUGAAUAAAUAUAAUCCAAAUAUUAUUUUCUUUAUAAGUAAAUUUCAUAUACAUCGUUAUAUAUUAAUAAAUGAUGUUGCCAAUAAAAAUCUUAAGGAAAAUUAUAAGAUAUAUAAAAAUAUUGAAUGUAACAAUAAUGUUAUAAAUAAUACAACAAAUGGAAUAAUUAAUGCAAACACUGGUAAUAGCGUUAAUAGUCUUAAUACUAUUAAUAGUUGCAACAAUAAUCACAGUGAUAAUAUUAAAAAUAGCGAUUUUAAUUUUAGAUUCUUAGAUGAUAUAAUUACCAUUUAUAAAAAACAAAACAAUGACAUACAUAAUUGUCAUAAUAUAAAUAAUGGUACUCUUCAAAAUAAUCCUUUUUCAAAUGACAAAUUGGUUUAUUCAAAAAAUAAUUUAUUUAAUCUUAAUGAUAAUAUAAAUGAUGUAAGUAGUAUAGAAACAAAUAAUGCUAAUUUAAAAGAUUGCUCUAUUACUUACGAACAAAAUAAUUGUAAAUAUAAUAAUUUUUUGAAGAAUGGUUCCUUUGAUUUAUAUAAUGCAAAUGGUGAAAAUGAAGGGAAUGGAAAUAAUAUAAUUAAUAGGUGCAAUAUAGAUGUAAUAGAAUCUAAUAUGAGGGAUAACAAAUUAAAUGAAAUAUAUUUUAAAAAAGAUAUGAAUUUAAAGAAUGAAGAUUAUAAAGAUGAUAUAUAUAAAAAUAUGAAUAGAAAUAUAUCCCAUUCUUUAUUAAAUAAAGAGAUCAAUAUUUACGAUAAUAUAGAUGAAUAUAAUAUAUAUAGAAUAAAUGAAUUUAAUAAUAUUGAUAAAUAUUUUAAUGUAGAUAAUAUUAAGAAUAUAAAUUUCAUAAAUAGUAAUAUAUAUCCUUUAAAAAUAAAUAUAUCUUAUAAUUUAAAUUUGAAUGAGAUGUUUAUGAAUGAUUGUAGAGUUUCUAAUGUUAUAAAUGUUUGUAAGGGGGAUACAACAUUAGAGUUAGAAUUAAUAAAACAAAGAAUUAUAAAUGGCAAUAUAAAAUAUGCUAUAAAAUUAAUUAAGAUAUUUAAUUAUGAAUUAUUACAUUUCCCGAAUUUAUUUUUUUAUUUAAAUUAUAAAUCAUAUAAUUAUUUAUUAAGUAGUUUUGAUAAAAAAUAUAUUAUAUAUUAUUUAUAUGACAAUCCAAAAUAUUUAAAAAUAUAUUUUAAUUCUUUAUUAAAAAAAAAGAAUAAAGAAUCUUGUAUCAUGUGUAUCUAUUUCUUAUAUCCCUUAUAUAUGAAUUUGGAAGAUGCUGAUUUUAAAACAUUUUAUUAUUUAUUUUAUAAGCAUAAGAAGGGUAAGAAAAUGAGUUAUUCAACAAGUGGUUUAUAUAAUAACACUAGUAAUAUGAACACUGUUGGUAAUUAUAUAAACAGUUCAAAUAAUAUGAAUAAUAUGAAUAAUAUAAAUCAUAUGUAUAAUAAUAUGUAUAGCACAUGUGGUCAUUAUAAUUAUUAUAAUAAUGAUAUAUAUUUUGAAGGAGAAUAUUUCGUAUGCGAUUGUAGGGAUGGAAACAAAAAUAUGUUGACGACCAUAGAACCCAAUAAUAUGAACAACAAUAAUAAUAAUAAUAACAAUAAUAACAAUAAUAAUAAUAAUAAUAAUAAUUACAAUUUUGUGUGUAUAUCAAGUUGUAGUAAUAUUAUGUGGUUUCUAAAAAAUGAAUGUAAUAUAAUAAAUGAAGAAUAUUUUAUAUUUAGAAAUGAAGAGGAUAUAUAUUUUGAGACCUUGAAUAGAAUAUAUAAAAUAAGUGAUCUAUGUAAAUAUUUUGAUAUGUUUAAAAUAUUAAAGAAGAUACAUUCAGAAAUUAUAAAAAGUUCGUUUGAUUAUUUAAUAAAAAUAAAAGGAUCAUGUUCUUGUCAAAAGAAUUAUAUAUGUAUAAACGAUUUAGGAUCUUGUUUUAAUGAUGUUGUUAUUGUAGAUAAAUUUAAAGAUUUUUAUAUCUUAUAUGAAAAAAUUAAAAAGUAUGAAAAGAUACUUUUUAUAGAUGCUGAAUGGAAAUGUGCUGUAUUUAGAGAGAGCCCUAUCAUAUCUAUUUUUCAGAUAGCUUUAAAAGAUAGUGCACUCUCAUAUAUUAUUGAUGUGAAGAGUAUAUCCCUUGAAAAUUAUAAUGUUCAUUAUUAUAUAUCUGAUUUGUUUAGAGAUGAAAAUAUUAUAAAAAUCGGUGUCGCUUUUUUAAAUAAUGAUAUGUUACACUUUAGAAAAUACUAUGAUAUUUUAAAUAUGUUAAUAAGUGAAAAAUAUAAAAAUAUAUUAAUUGAUGACAGCGAUAUGGAUAGUGAAGAAAAGCCAAUGAAAAAUAAAAAUGUGAAUAUAAGUACAUAUAAUGAUUUUAUGAAUAUAUAUAGUAACAACACAAAUAAUAAUAAUACUAAUAUUAAGAGGAAUGAUAAUGCUGGAUUAUUAAAAAAAAUAAUGAAGAAUAUACAUGAUUACACAAUAAAUUAUAGUGGUGAUAACAUGGGGAGUGGAAAUAAUAUACUUGGAAAUGAUAAUAGAGGUUAUUCAUAUGGAUAUACAAAUAAUACAACCCAUAUGAACAACAACAAUAAUAAUAAUAGUAGUAGUAGUAGUAGUUAUAGUUUUAAUAAUAAUUUGUUUAAUUUAAAUGAUAAGACAAAAGAAGAAUCACGUAAUAUAAAAGUUAACGAUAAUUUAUAUGAUGAUAUAAGCUAUAAAAAUAUUUUCCCUGUAAAUUAUUUUAUAAAAUAUAAAAAUAACAAUAAAUUAAUUAAUGAUCUUUUAAAUACAAAAUGUAAAACAUGUAAUAAAUUAGGUAUAUAUAGUUGUAUACAUAAAUAUUAUAAUUUAGAAUAUAUAUAUAAUAAAUAUUAUGAUCAUUUGAAAUAUUCAUUUCCAUAUCUUAAAAAAAAUAUGAGUUACUCUGUUAAAUUCUUUGGUAAAAUAUUAUUUCCAGAAAAACAAGUUAAUAAAGAAUGCCAAAUUAUUAAUUGGAAUUUUAGACCUCUUUCAUCAAGUAGUGUUGAAUAUGCAAUAUUAGAUGUUCUCAUUCUAAAAAAUUUUUUUAAUUUAAUUCAAGCAAAAUUACCAAUAAAUAUUGAAUGUGCCUUAUGA